AUGCUGGUGACUUACCUCGUGGUGCUGACUGGAACGCCUGCCCUUAGAAUCGAGUUAUUGUGCAACGCGAAUCAAAACAGCGAAGAACUCACAAGUCAUGAUGUUUUAAACGAGGUGGAUGUUGGUGAUAGCGAUUCCUUAGCAGGGCACAUCAAGGCUCCCCUUGAGCUAGUAGAGAACAAUGAAACAGGGGAGGUAGAGUCCGUUGCCAGGCUUAAAGAACGAUUGAAACUUGCAGAAGUAGGCUGCGAAAGGCUUGGAGAAAUGUACCGAACAUACAGGCUUCGUUGGUUAGAAGAGAUGUAUCGGACAAAGGUACUGGAAAAAUACGCACCACAUGGAAUCGAUACCUGCUCUCCACAUCAGAUCCCAUGGGACGCUCCCUCUCCCGUUCAAAGCGAAGACGAAGGCGAAGUUGAGUAA